AUGGGUGUUAAAGAUGAGCCCUGGGUGAAAGAGAAUCCUGAUCGCGUCAAGCUGUUGGGACCCGUCUGCGUGGCAUACGGCCAUCCCGACUUGGAGAGAACCCACACGUAUCUUACUGAUUUCGGUCUUGUCGAGUCAUUUCGAAAGGAUGAAGCCAUAUACUACCGAGGGUACGGUGUUCAGCCUGUGGUGUACAUCGCCAAGAAAACGGCAGUGCCUGAGUUUCUCGGGGUCUACUUCGAGGCGGCCGGCUUGGCUGACUUGGAGAAAGCCACAAAGAUUCCUGGUGCAGGCGCUAUCUUGGACUUUGCGGCAGGAGGCAAAGUUGUCCAAAUCAUAGAUCCCAGUGGUAUUCCAUUCCACGUCGUAUGCGGCCUGGAAAAGCGCGAGUUUACACCCCCGAAGGAGAAUAGCCAGCCUUACAACUUUCCAUCACCAACCGACGAUGAUGUGGAAGCUAAACCACGAAGAGGAGUAUUUCACCGAAUGAAAAAGGGCGUUAUCCCAGUGCACAAACUCGGCCAUUGCGGUUUGAUUGCAAAGGACUUCGAUAUCUCCUUCGACUUCUACUGCUACCAUUUCAAUUUCAAGCCUUCCGAUGUGGUUCUGGGGCCUGAUGGCAGUAUGAUGAUGGUGUUUCUUCAUGUCGACCUUGGUAAGAGCUACUCGGAACAUCAUAGCUUCUUUGUGGCUCAACCCCAGGGUCUGCUCCAACCCGGCAAACCUCACCAUGCCGCUUUCGAGGUCAACAGUAUCGAAUCGCAGUUCAUUGGUCAUGAUUACCUCAGUCACAAAGGGUACACAUCCUUCUGGGGCGUCGGCCGGCAUAUAGAAGGUAGUCAAGUUUUCGACUACUGGUUCGACCUUGAUGGAUUUCUCGUUGAGCACUAUACCGACGGGGAUCUCGUCAAUGAGGACACACCAAUUGGUUGGAUAAAGCGAGACCCGAAGGAUGGAAAUAACUGGGGCCCCGCUCUACCACAACUCAAAUGA